GGAAGUAGAGCCAGCAGAGAGGCCCCUCUCCGGCUGGGGCGGAGGGAAGGGGGAGGGAACUAGAGGAGGAGGAGGUUAGCCGAAGCAGCUACAGCGGCGGCGGCGCAGGGGCUGGUACGCGCUGGGCGGCGAGAGCCUCAUGGCGGAGGAAGAGAGCGACCAAGAGGCCGAACGCCUCGGAGAAGAGCUCGGGGCCAUUGUGGAGUCCCCUCCAGGCUCUGCGGGGCUUGGAGCUGCGGACGACGGCAGAGGCGGCGCUGGCGGUGGCAGCUGCGGUAUCGGCGGCUUUGGGAUCAGCAGUCGGGAUUACUGCCGACGCUUCUGUCAGGUGGUUGAGGAUUAUGCUGGAAGAUGGCAAGUCCCUUUGCCACAGCUUCAGGUUCUUCAGACUGCACUCUGCUGUUUUACAUCAGCCAGUGUGUCAUUCCCAGAUGAAUGUGAGCACGUACAAUAUGUUUUGAGUAGUCUUGCUUUGAGUUUCUUUGAGUUGCUGCUGUUCUUUGGAAGAGAUGAGUUUUAUGAAGAGCCCUUAAAGGAUAUUCUUGGAUCAUUCCAGGAAUGCCAGAAUCACCUCCGCAGAUAUGGAAAUGUGAAUCUGGAACUGGUGACUCGAAUCAUUAGAGAUGGUGGCCCAUGGGAAGAUCCAGUGUUGCAAGCUGUUCUUAAAGCCCAGCCAGCAUCUCAGGAGAUAGUGAACAAAUACUUAAGUUCUGAAAAUCCACUGUUCUUUGAACUGCGUGCCAGAUACCUAAUUGCUUGUGAACGCAUACCUGAAGCAAUGGCUCUCAUUAAAUCUUGUAUAAAUCACCCAAAAAUCAGUAAAGACUUGUACUUCCAUCAAGCACUCUUCACCUGUCUGUUUAUGUCACCUGUAGAAGAUCAGCUAUUCCAGGAGCAAUUAUUGAAAACUGACUGUAAGAAUGGAAUUGAUAUCAUCUGUAACACUGAAAAAGAAGGCAAGACUAUGUUAGCCUUGCAACUCUGUGAAUCCUUUCUUAUUUCACAGCUCCAGAGUGGUGCUAUGUACUAUAUCUGGGAGUUGAUUUUCAUAUGGAGUAAACUUCAGCUUAAGUCUAAUCCUUCAAAACAAGUUUUUGUAGAUCAAUGCUACCAGCUUUUAAGAACAGCAACUAAUGUGAGAGUCAUAUUUCCUUUCAUGAAAAUCAUUAAAGAUGAGGUUGAAGAAGAAGGCUUACAAAUUUGUGUUGAAAUUUGUGGUUGUGCUCUACAACUAGACCUUCAUGAUGAUCCCAAGACUAAAUGUUUAAUUUAUAAAACAAUUGCACACUUUUUGCCAAAUGAUUUAGAGAUCCUCAGGAUUUGCGCACUGUCAAUAUUUUUUCUCGAGCGCUCCUUGGAAGCUUAUCAUACUGUUGAAAAGCUUUACAAAUGUCCAGAUGAAGAAUAUAAUGAAGGCACAAGUAGUGUUCAAAAUCGUGUUCGUUUUGAAUUACUUCCAAUUUUGAAAAAGGGAUUGUUUUUUGAUCCUGAAUUCUGGAACUUCGUAAUGAUUAAGAAAAACUGUGUAGCAUUACUGAGUGAUAAAUCAGCAAUUAGAUUUCUAAAUGAAAGUACACUGGAAAAUUCUGCAGGUAAUCUAAAAAAAGCAGUAGAACACCAAGGUAUAGAUGAAGGGCUUGAUUCUCUUACAGAUCAGAGCACUGGAGAGCUUGAUCCAGAUGAUAUAUCUGGAGUGCAACCUAAAGGUCAUAUUAAUACAAAGAAAAACCUUACAGCUCUUAAUACUUCCAAAGUAGAUCACAGUGUCCCAAGGCAUCGGUGUAUGUUAUGUAACAAGGAAUUCCUAGGGGGUCACAUUGUAAGGCAUGCCCAGGCUCAUCAGAAAAAGGGCAGUUUUUCAUGUGUAAUAUGUGGUAGAAAAUUUAGAAACAGAGGACUUAUGCAGAAGCAUUUAAAGAAUCAUGUUAAGAAAAUACAGAGACAGCAGAUUGCUGCAGCUCAACAGGAGAAUCAGGAAAUCCCUGCUUUGGAAGAAAUAAAUUGUUCUGAUACUUUAAUUUCAUUUGAAAAUGGGAAUUCUGAUAAUAAAGAUUUGGAAGUAGAGACUGUUACUGCUUCCAGCCCUUCACAUGUGGCUGAAAUCAUUAAAAUUCCCAUAACCAUAUCAGAAGAUGUUAUUGAAAACAUCAUUGAAAAUGGCAGUCCUGAUACUUCUUUAAAUAAUAUCUCAAAUGUAGUGGAGCCUUUACCUGUAUGUGGUGACUAUGAGGAGGAAGAGGAUGAAGAAGGUGAUUAUGAAGAAGAUGAUUAUGACCUGAAUCAGGAAACUUCAGUACUUCAUAAAAUCAAUGGAACUGUGUGCCAUCCAAAAGACAUAUAUGCUACAGAUCAAGAAGGAAACUUUAAGUGCCCUGCUCUUGGCUGUGUCAGGAUAUUUAAAAAAAUUGGAUUUCUGAAUAAACAUGCAAGGACUGUUCAUCCAACUGACCUAAAUGUGCGGCAAACAGUAAUGAAGUGGAGCAAAGGAAAAUGUAAAUUUUGUCAAAGGCAAUUUGAAGAUUCUCAACAUUUUAUAGAUCAUCUUAAUAGACACAGCUAUCCAAAUGUGUAUUUUUGUUUGCAUUUUAAUUGCAACGAGUCAUUUAAGCUGCCAUUCCAGCUUGCUCAGCACACAAAAAGUCACAGGAUAUUUCAAGCUCAGUGUAGUUUUCCAGAAUGUCAUGAACUUUUCGAAGAUCUUCCUCUGCUAUAUGAACAUGAAGCUCAGCACUAUUUAAGUAAAACACCAGAAUCAUCUGCACAACCAAAUGAAGCAAUUCUUUGGGAUGUUCUUACAGACUCAAAUCCUAACCAUCAGGAGAAAGACUCAUCUAGUAAUGAGAAACAAACUAUUAGUCCACCAGUUUCUACUAGCAAAUCAAGGAAAGAUUCUACAGAACCAAAGACGUGUACAGAAAGUAUGGAAAAGAAAACAGACAAUUUAGUUCAGAAUGGUAAUGAUCAUUCUGAUGACACUGUUUCUGAUACAAGUUUGAUAGACCAAAAGAUGCCUGACACAGAGCCAAAUUCUGAAAAUAACUGUAAUAUUAGUGAUUUAGUCAAUGGACACAACAGAAUAGAGCAGACACCUGUAUUUUCAUCAGAUCCUGCUUUGAAAAUUGAUACAAACAGAAUCAGGACAGAAAACGGUUCUAUUUUACCCAGUGUUAUACCACAAGAACACAAUACCCUGCCAGUAUCUCAGGCACCUUCCAAACCAAAUCUGACAAGUGAACAUACUUCAUAUGGCUUAAUUUUAACAAGGCCCUAUGUCAGACCAUUGCCUCCCAGUUACCUUGAUGAACAGUACCUUAGUAUGCCAAAACGCAGAAAAUUUCUGACUGAUAGAGUAGAUGACUGUUCUGAUCAAGAAAACAUUUGUAAAAAAUCAGUGAAAAGAUUAAGAUGUGGCAAAUGCCUGACCAUCUACUGUAAUGCAGAAGCACUUGAGGCUCACCUUGCACAAAAGAAAUGUCAGGCACUCUUUGGAUUUGAUUCAGAUGAUGAAAGUAAGUCUUCCAUCUUCUCAAUAGGUAUAUCUGGAGAAAUAGAAAAUGCCAUAGAUCUUUAUGAGGUUAUAAAAAUUAACAUUUUUAAUGUUAACCAACGUUAACAUUGUGUAGCAUAUAAAGCACUAUCCCAUACAUUAUUUCCUUUAAUCUGUAUGACCACUAUGAAGUGAUAGUGCUAUUCCGUUUUUAUAGGUCAACUGAAAUUCACAAGUUAAGUAAUUUGCAUAGGCACAGGCUUAUGAACUUGUGGGAGUCAGAACUUGUACACAGUCUUUGACCAUACUCUUUCACUGUAUCUGAGGCUUUUCUUCAUUCAAAGUUUCAUGUAACAGAAGUUCUGGAAGCAAAGUUAUGAUGAUGAAAAUGUUUUUCAUCUGCAUGCCAGAAUGUAAACCAAGUAAGUUGAGUCUCUACUACAAAAACAUAGGUAAAAACUAGAAAAUAACUGAACCACAGAAAUGAGCAAAGAGGUUGCCUUUCUACAAAUAACAAUAUUUUUUGGAAGAGUAAGGGCAUAAUUAAACAAAUCUGACUUAGAAUUCCAUUUGAAUAUUUAUAAAAUUUGAAUUAACAGACAUGUUCUGUUUUACAGGUGCCUGAUAAAAAAUGUUUCAGAAAGAUCUGUCGAUCAAGCAGUAGUGUGAAAAAAGCACUACAAGAAAUGCAUCACCAGUUUGCUAUUUCCCUGAUGGCCUUAAUUUUAGAGCGGUCUUGGAUUACUAAAGAUAAAGACAAAGCACAUUUUCUAAAUGAGCUCACAGAGGAGAUGUGCUAGUUUAGACUCCAAAAGGAUUAUUACAAAACUCCCAAAGUACCAGUUAUCCAGAAAACCAUAUUUGUAUAAAAAUUGAUGAUGAAUAGCAGCAUGCUCAGUUUCUUAUGUGAGAAACAUGUUCAGGCAACUAGUCAAAUAGAAAAACCAGCUAUGGCCUUACAGAAAGGGAAAAGUUAACCCAUUAUUUAAAAAAAGGGUGGUGGGGGGUGUUGUUUUACAAUAAACAAAGUAUUCUACAAAUGGGAUUUGUUUUCUUGUCAUGCAUAAUCAGAUUAUAUCCUCCCUUCUGCUCAAAUAUGGUUUAAGGAACCAUUGCUACUGGGUUUAUUAUAAUUUGGAAACUGAUACAUGAAAAUAAAACUUGAUUUACCACUAUGUUAUCCAUAAAAGAUUAUAACUUGUUCCUAGAGAUGACUGGUUAGACCGAUCAAAGUUUAAAGAAUAGCAUGCUUAAAACAGUAUUUGCUAAUAAGCUCUUGAUAAAAACCUUCCGUUUUCCAUUUUUUGUAAUUGAGUUAUAUUUAAAAUGCAACGGUGUCAAUUAAAUAGAAAAAGUACCAUCAGUAACUGGAGAACGAUUGGAGGAAUCUAAGACCAUUAAAGGCUAUCUAGUUAAAGGAAAACACUGAAUUGCCAAUUCCUCAAUGUGAAUAAUGGUAUAAGCACACUGGGAUAUUUCUAUUUGUACAUAGAGUAGUGUUAGGACAUUGCUUGAUGAUUCAUAGUAAGGUCCUUUAGACUUUAAUGUGAGUUAUCGAAGAAUAGUCCUAUAAAAAUAACUGGCUGUAAAAGAAAUGUCAGUUAAGAAUCAGGUCAAGAAAUCAUUGAUUUUAUUCAGUUUGGAGAGUUGAGUCUAAAAUAAGCCAUACUACUCAUGCUUUCUUAUUUAUUGGUGAAGAAUUUGGUCUGAAUGGUAAUUUUUAUAUAUAAAAAAUAUUUACACAAAUUUGCACGAGAAGAACAAGACACAGUAAGUUACACUGAUUUAUUUUCUUUGAUGACCAGAAAUUUCCCUGAGAAGGAUUUUAACCUAGUAGUCAAUAAAUUGCUAAAACAAAAAUGUUAUUAAAAAUAACCUCAGAUUUGUUCCACUUGUACAUUCUCUAAAAGAGGAAGCUUAUAUACCAUCUUUUACCUAAUCGUGUGUUAAUCUAUACCAGGACUAAUAUGAACAAAAAUGCAAAGGUAAAUUUUUCAGAACUGGAGCUACCAAUGUACUAACAUCAACCAGAUAUUCCAGUUACUCCCAACUGAUACAUUUUUGUUCAAAGCAGAUAAUCUUAUCAGACCAUAUUAUGAUAGAUUUUUGGAUAUUAAAGCUUGAAUGAAGUUACUAAUGAAGUGGGACAUUUUUUCUGGGGUAGCAUCUGGACUUUGUUAAAUUAGGAUUUCUAGGUCAUAAUACCUCCCCCCCAAAAAAAAUUGUUCCCAAUUUUAUUUAUUUAUCAUGGGCAUUCACUACUAUGCAAUUGAUAGUCCAUUCCAAUCAAAUUUAGGUUUGUUUUUGUUCUGUUAUUAUAUAGCCUACAUUAGGCUGUGGAAUUUACAUUUAAAUAACGUAAAUAAACACAAUUCAAUCUUAAAAUCCUUUAAGGUCGACUUUAUAAAGUUUUUUUUCACAUACUUGUUAACACUUUAGUUCUAUUUCAGUUCAGUCUAAAAUACAUCAUGCAAUAAAAAGUCUGUUUGGAAAUUAGUCAUUUGGAAAAUGAAUUUUUUUAAAUUAUAAUUUCUGCUCUGUACUUUCUCCAGAAGUUUAAAAAUUACAACUUUACAUUUUAUCAUAUUUUUAACUUUUUAUUUUUUGUAAGUUGUAACUAUUGACAUAAGUCCACAUCUGCAGAUUAUUUUUAUUCAUUUUUGUAGUUCAUACCAAGAUGUUUUAAACAUAUUCAUUUUUUUUAAUUUUGAUGUUUUAUUUCUACAUUUGUGUUGCUGAGGGAAAACUUUCUGAAAUGCUGAGAUCAAAUUCAUUUAUACAUAACUAGAUCAAGGAAUGUUUUAUAAAAUUCUAUUUGACCACACUGUUCUAACCUCUUUAUAUACGUCUCAUAUAAUUGCUAUUGAAAGAAUGUGUACAUUUUAUUAUGUAUGUCUUAUAAAAAAUAAACAAUCAUUUUGCCUUUAUUGGGUGGGUGCAUAAACUUCCAACAGUUCUAAUUUGGGAUUUAGAAGAAAAUGAAGCUUUCUUAUUCCUCAGAUUCUUCUUUCUUUUCUAUUCCUUCUAUUUUGAGGGUGUUUAUCUUACAUGGACCAAGUUUCAGUCCUUUGUUUUUAAAUAAAAAUUUCUUGCAAAACAUUAACUAUUAACUUUCUGCUGUUUCAGUAAGGUCAAAAAAAUAGCAAAUCUGAAUUUUUGCUGCUCAGAUACAGAGGAGGCAAAACAGGGGAAUCUCCGUGGAAAAGGACACUGGUACUUUGGGCUUUAGCCAUAUUCUUUUUCUUUUAAAACCAUCAAUUUCAUAAUGAGUAGAUAAUUUAUAACACUGAAUUUGUGAUUCUUUGCAAAUCACACUUGAAGGUUCAGCUGUACUCCUUUCAUGUUUGGUUUAAACUUUCAUGGAUGAAAAACGUAAAAGGGAUGGUAGUGUUUAUUUUUUAAUUUAUUUGGUACUGUAAAACACCUUUUCAGAAUGAUUAAAUGCUGCAUAUGCAUUUUGGAAUUGUUAAUAUGUGAAAGAUACUAGAGAUUCAGCAAGAAAGGAAAAUUGUGCUUCCUUGUUGAACAUUAUUUUACUUUGCAUUUUAUAAGAGUACAAAUUAAAACUGAGCCAUUGAACUGCAAUAAAUCAAUAAUAGUGUCUCAUUUCAAGAAGUUUUUUUGUACUGUACAUAGAUUUGUUCAAUAAAACAUUGUCCUUGUUGGUAA